AUGGUUCUCUUUAAGAGGAAGCCAGUGCAAUAUGUACCGAAGCCGCAUGUCGAAAAUGAAGACACAGAGGUCUGGCUAAUUCCUGCUACUGGAGAGUAUUUCUUGGAGUAUGAGCAAUACUUAGGCCGAAUGGAUUUCUAUAGACAGCAUAAAUUCAUUUGCCAAAUUUCUGGUCAUUCUCAGUUAACUUUCUUCGAUGCACUCAAGAGUGAGUUGGCAGGCGCACAAGAAGUCGAAGAGGCAUUCCCAAAUCCGUUGAAGCAACCAGUUCUAAGACGUGUACAAUUCUCAACUAUUUCCCGAAUCGAUACUUUGGUGGACAUUAUUUUCGAAGAGUUCAGAUCCGACUAUUUCCCUGGCGAGGCCGUUACAGUUCAUGUAGUUACAGGCGAUCGACUUACUGGCACUGUUAGAGAAAAGACGCACUUCGGAAGCAAAGUUCUGGAAAAUGGCACGCUAAGCGUACCUUUGACGAGAUAUUUCGUUAGUCUGGAUGGUCGACCAAAUGAAGAAGCAGUGGUGGAUGACCAGCAUAUUACUCGUGAUCGCAAGAUAUUCACGAAGCAAGUUCUGCGAUCUUUUAUUAAGAAAACCGUCACGAGAGAGGCAUGGACUGGCGCGCCAUGGCUGGUGAAGCACGACGUGGCUGCUAUUUAUAAUAUCGACACCAGGAUCCCUCCACAUCUUCGAUAUGAGAGUAAAGCUGCAGAAAGAAAGCAGCAUCAAUCUCAGAAAAAAUCGGGAGGGACUGAUUUUGAUAAUAUGAUUGGUAGCUUUCAUGGAGGAAAUGGACCACAAGCUAGACUCCCGGAGUUGAAGCCAGCACCCAAAAGCCAUAAAAGCAAGCAGCUACAAUCCCAACUAGCAAAGGUCAAUGGACAAUCACAACAAGCGGGACCCCACUUCCAGAAUUUUCACAACUCUAGCUUUGCGCUUGCGCCUCUUGCUUCGCUUCCUCCAGCUCCUCCUCCACCACCUCCUAUCAAAUACCCAAUUGAGGAUUUGGAAGUUCCUCCCCGAGUUGAUGGACCGAAACGACCCGAUAUCAAAUACUUUUCGCAAGAUAAUCCAAUGAUGAUAGGAAAACCAAAGGCCGAGGGUAAUGGCAUUCACAUGUCAUCUAUUGGCCAGUUGCUAGAGACCUGGGAUACCUUGAAUGUUUACUGUCAAAUCUUCAAAUUGGACUCGUUCACUUUUGACGACUUCGUCGAAGCCUUACAAUUUACAUCUGAAGAUGUAGACUGCGAACUGUUUGUCGAAAUUCAUUGUGCCGUUUUGAAGAUCUUGGUUAAUUCGGAAGCCGAUGAUGGAAAGCUACAAAUUCAGUUACCGGAAAUAGAGGAGUCAGACGACGAAGAGGAAUCUAAUGGUGAGGCCAGCGUCGCGCCAACACCUACACCAGAGCCAGAGCCAAAACCUAGGGGACGCGCUACUAGAAGUAGUCUCGCAAAAGCUGAGGCAGAAGCUUUACAAAAAGCCGCAGAACAACCUCCCGAAGAGCCCGCUGAAUCAGUCAACCCUCAUCGCGCAGCGGAGAUGGAAGAUAGUCUUGAAUGGAUCGAGAAGCUAAGAAAACGUGAUUUCAAAAAUGGUGGAUGGGAAGCUAUCAUGGUCGGCCUCCUGUAUCAACUUUCGAAAGAUGAGAGGCAUUUUGCCGCUUGUGAAGCACUCCUUGUUGAGCUCGCCCCCCUCGAUUCGGAGCCAACACAGGAAACUGCUCGCCUACAGUACGCUAAACUUGACGUUAACCUUCGCAUCAAGGCGCUCCAAAUUAUUUGCAUGCUUACUAUGGAGACUAAAGCAAUUCGUGGUUACAUGGAAGAGAGUAGUGAACAUAUGACAGAGCUCCGAAAAGAGAAGAUAAAGUAUCAGCGUGAUAAGAAGGAUGCUCAUGAUGCUCUCAAGAAGCUCAACGAAACGCGCAAAGCACUUGAACCACCACCCGAGCCAAGUCCUGCACCAGCUAUAGAGAAGCCUGCAGAGAAAGAAGCUUCAGUCAGCGUCAACGGAGAUGUAACCAUGGUCGACGCCGAGGACGAGGUUCAGGACUCUCAUGGAGAUGAAAUCAUGGAUUCGGAUGGAGAGGCUCCUCCAACUCGAUCAUUACGCCGUGGAUUAGAUCGAGCAGCAGAGCGAAAGCGUAAGCGUGAGGCCGAGCAGGAGAAGAAAGCAAAAGCAGAAGCUGAACCCAAGGCUCCUAAACAAUCCAAGGCCCUUACAAAAGUUCUCAAAGACAUUCAGAAAUUGCAUGAUGAGAUCAAGCAUUGCGAGGAAGAAAUUGCCAUUCUUGAUAAUGACCUUCGAGAAGCUGAUUGCCCUCGUACUCGUGUACUUGGUAAGGAUCGAUUCUGGAAUCGUUAUUAUUGGUUUGAGCGCAAUGGUAUGCCAUAUAGCGGUCUUCCUACCAGCUCUACUGCUGAUGCUGGAUAUGCCAACGGCUGUAUCUGGAUUCAAGGACCAGAUGAUCUUGAGCGUGAAGGUUAUAUCGAAAUGCGACCUGAGUGGCAAGAUGAGUACCGUUACAAAUUCAACCUGACUGUACCGGAAAGAAAGGUUAUGGAGGAAGGUAAUACUCAUGUAUUCAAUUCUCGUGAGUGGGGAUACUAUGACGAUCCUGAGUCAGUUGAGGGAUUACUCAAUUGGCUUGAUGCCCGUGGAAAUAACGAGUUGAAACUUCGAAAAGAACUCCAACUUUACAAGGACAAGAUCACUACCCACAUGGAAAAGCGCAAGGAAUAUCUCAACCCUAGCGAUGAAAAGAGUAUCGAUUCUAGUCACAAGCGAAUGUCGACUCGUGGAAAACAACAACCUCAUGUUGAUCACACAGCUCAUCGAUGCUUAUCCUGGCACAACAAUACGGCAAUUGAAGAAUUGGGUCAUUUACAUUCGGAGCAACCACGGAAUCGUAAGCAAACUAAAAAAGCGGCUCCAAUUUUACCACCGGCAGUUGAGGAAGAGAGACAAACCAGAAGCGAAGCGGCAAAGAGACAGAGAAAGCGUUGA